ACAAACGUCAGCACAUUAUUUGUUCCCGCCAGUAGCAUACCCCGCAUUGCAGUGUUUUGUGCAAGAUCAGCUAUCAGAUUCCCGGAAAGCACACGAUGAUGGUUCACAAGUUAUAAGAUCGAGUCAUUUAAACUUGAAAACUUCGCGCGUACUGAUUUGUAAGUCUGUACCAUCAUGAGCGAGUGGGACGACGACACCGGCACUUCGUUCAGUCAGUCGAAUUACCGGGGCGCAGAGGACAACCAGGACUCUGGUUAUUCUGAUAACCGUCGUGGCGGAGGUGGCUUCAGAGGCAGAGGAGGGCGUGGCGGUCGUGGAGGCCGUGGAGGUCGCGGUGGUGGUUAUGGAGGUAGCCGCGAAAACGGAGAUGAAAAUGGUGAUGGUUUCGCGGACGAUUCGAACGGCUAUGAAAACGGUUUUGGGGGCGGCGAUAGAGGAGGGUUCCGUGGACGCGGUCGCGGAGGCCGCGGCGGUCGUGGAGGAAGAGGCGGAGGUCGUAGCGAUUUCGGUGGAGGUGACAACAAUGAAGAAAAUGGCUUCGGAGGCCGUGGAGGUGGCGGAUUCAGAUCCCGCAACAGAGAUGAUAAUGAUGACAACAACAAUGAGGCAGGAGACGAUCAGGUUAAGACGGAAAAGCCAAGAGAAUUGUACAUUCCUCCGGCCCCCACCGAAGAUGAAACCGAAAUGUUCGGAUCCGGAAUCAGUUCCGGAAUCAACUUUGACAAGUUCGAUGACAUCAAGGUCAAUGUAACAGGAGAAAAUCCGCCGAACCCGAUCAAAUCGUUCAGUGAGUCGGGACUGCGUGAUUAUCUGCUGAACAAUGUGCGGAAAUCGAACUACACGAAACCGACUCCUAUCCAGAAGUACGCCAUUCCGACUAUUAUGGACAAGAGGGAUUUGAUGGCCUGUGCCCAGACUGGCUCUGGAAAAACGGCCGCAUUUCUGUUGCCAAUGAUCAACACACUGCUGAACGAUAAUGACGACAUGGUUCCCGGAAAUCCGUUCGUGGUAAUCAUUGCACCAACCCGCGAGUUGGCAUUGCAGAUUUUCAAUGAAGCUCGCAAAUUCGCCUUGGGAACCGUUUUGAAGGUUUGUGUUGCUUACGGUGGCACUGCUACCCGACACCAGAUGGACAACAUCAACAACGGUUGCCACAUCCUGGUUGCCACGCCCGGUCGAUUGUUGGAUUUCGUCGACAAACAAGUGGUGACGUUUGAGCGGAUCAAGUUUGUUGUACUGGACGAAGCGGAUCGUAUGCUCGACAUGGGUUUCAUGCCGUCGGUCGAGAAAAUGAUGAACCACGAAACGAUGCGUCCGAAGGAGUCAAGGCAGACGUUGAUGUUCUCCGCUACGUUCCCUGGUGAAAUUCAGGAGCUCGCGGGGCAAUUCCUUAACAACUACGUUUUCGUAGCGGUUGGAAUCGUAGGCGGCGCUAGCACUGACGUGGAGCAGACUGUUCAUCAGGUGACCAGGUUCCAGAAACGUAAGAAGCUCGAAGAAUUGCUGGAGAGUUCCGAACCCAAGGGCACGCUGGUUUUCGUUGAAACAAAACGUAAUGCUGACUACCUGGCGUCGUUGCUGUCGGAAACGAAGUUUCCCACCACGUCGAUUCACGGUGAUCGCUUGCAGCGGGAACGUGAAGAAGCCUUGCGUGAUUUCAAAUCCGGGAAAAUGUACAUACUAAUUGCUACUUCGGUAGCCGCUCGAGGACUGGACAUCAAGAACGUAUCCCACGUGAUCAACUACGAUCUGCCCAAGAGUAUUGAUGAUUACGUUCAUCGCAUCGGAAGAACUGGCCGUGUUGGCAAUAAGGGCAGGGCCACAAGCUUCUACGACAUGGAAGCUGAUGCUGGCAUUGCAGCGGAUCUCGUUAAGAUUUUAACCCAAGCCGGACAGAAUGUGCCUGAAUUCCUGGAAGGAAUGUCUACAGGAGGAGGUUCCUUCGGCGGUGGCAACCAGUUCGGUGGACUGGAUAUCCGUUCCCGUGAUGCUGGCGGUUCCCGUGCUGACGCUCAACCCGCGCAGAUGGAACCGGAAGAAGAGUGGGGUUAAGUCAGACAACUAUGGUAUAUGGUUGAAUAAGAAAUAGACUGGAUUUUUUUUAUUCAUUUUUUUUAUAAACGAUUUUCACCUAACUUAAGUGCAGAUGGAUAGGCAACUUGAGUAAGCUUGAGUAAUUACAAUUUCUGUUUUUUAAGUACGUUCUUGUGAAGGACGUAAUGACCAUCUUCAUAAUCGAGAACUGUUGAAAUAUAAGAAAAUUGUCCUGAACAAUUUUCGGAAGCAUCUGACAGCAAAAUAAAAACCUGUA